UCGCCUGCACUAAAAAAAAAUGGCCGUCCGAUGGUUUAUCGUUGGAACUUCAAUCAAUUACUUUGCAAAUCCUCAAGUUUUUCUAAAAUAUGACACCAUCGGAACUUCGAGUACAACAAUUAAAAACAAUACAGACAAGAAUGAGUCGAAGAGGAACUACUACUGUCAGCUACAAUGUGAGGGUUUGAACAAGUUUGAACGAGUAAACCAUCGGUCGUCCAUGUUAUGAGGGCGAUCACCACGCCACCAUCGGUAAAUAGCGGUCCGAAUACCUAUGAUUCUGUUUAUUCGAGAGGUUAUGUUGUGAGUUCGUGAGUUCCCGUGACGUGAUCUACUUCUGAAUAAAUAAACAUCUCCCCAAUUACUGAAUAAAUUUAGAAAAUUAAUGGCCGAGUACGAGAAAGUGAGGAUAAAGAAGUUGUGCCUGAAGGGAGAAAAAGUAAAAUCCAAAAAGCGUAAACAUAAGAAGCAUGGACGGAGUAAGGAGGAUUCGGAGACUAAAGACGUUGACGCUAUGCAACACGGCGGCUGGUGGAAGGUGAAGAAUGUCACCGAGAUAACAGGGACAGUGGCAAUUGAAUUCGGAAAUCAGACGUACGUGAAAGCCCUCGACAAUGGAUUAUUCACCCUUGGAGCACCUCACGACGAAGGGGAGGGGCCCUCCCCCGAGGAAAUCCUCACAGCAUUUCCAGUGAACGAGACUAAGAUAGCCCUGAAGUCAGGGUAUGGGAAGUACAUUGGGGUUGAUAAGAAGGGAGUGGUCGUGGGGAGGAGUGAUGCUGUGGGGGCCAUGGAGCAGUGGGAGCCCAUUUUUCAGGACGGAAAACUAGCCAUUUUGGGGAACAACGGAUGCUUCAUGUCGAUAUCGGAUGAGGAAGAUGCUGUGUGCCAGAGCAAAACAGCUGGGCCUGACGAAUUUUUAUCGCUCAGGAGCAUGAUACAGAAGGUCGAUGAUCCUUACAAGGAUGUACCUGUCGAGGAGCAAGGGUCACUCGCACAGAUUGAAGUUAAUUAUGUCCGAAAAUUCCAAAAAUUCCAAGACAAAAAAUUACGAAUCAACACUGGCGACAAAACUCAACUGGAAGAGGCGAAAAACCAAGGAAUUCUCCACGAAACACUGCUAGACAGACGAAGUAAAAUGAAAUCCGAUCGUUAUUGUAAAUAAUCAAUGAAAAAAAAAAAUUAAAUUGUACAUGAAUUGUAUUGGCACUGAAAAAUCAUCAGAAUGUCCACCAUCUCUUCUACAUAAAUAAAGGAGUAAUGAAUAAAUGAA